AUCACUAUCCGUUGGAUGUCAACCGAAACGCAAACUCCACUGACGUCUCGCUUUGACAACCGAACGGCGGAAGUCGAGUAUCGCUCUUUUUCCGGCAUCUGCCAGUCGAUUACAGUAGACACAUUUUCGCUCUGCUGAGUUAAAACUCGUUAAAAAUGUCGCUCGUGAUCCCAGAGAAGUUCCAGCACAUUCUUCGUGUGCUCAGCACCAACAUCGACGGUAAGCGUACCGUUCCAAUUGCGCUGACGGCCAUCAAGGGUGUCGGUCGCCGUUAUGCCCAUGUUGUCCUGAAGAAGGCCGAUGUCGAUCCCUUCAAGCGCGCCGGAGAGUGCUCCGAGGAAGAGGUUGAGAAGAUCGUCACCAUCAUCUCGAACCCUCGCCAGUACAAGAUCCCCGAUUGGUUCCUGAACAGACAGAAGGACAUCAUCGAUGGCAAGUACUCGCAGCUGACCUCCUCCAACGUCGACUCCAAACUGCGUGAGGAUCUGGAACGACUGAAGAAGAUUCGUGCCCACCGUGGUCUGCGUCACUACUGGGGCCUGCGUGUGCGUGGCCAGCAUACCAAGACCACCGGUCGCCGCGGACGUACCGUCGGUGUGUCCAAGAAGAAGUAAACGCUGCGCUGUUUUUGGUGGGAGUGUGUAUUUGUAUAGGUUUACGAUACAAAACGAAGGAAAGAACCGUAAUGGAGUCCAUUUAUUUGGCGCUAUCGAUUUGCAUUACACAAUUAGUUUACGGAAUGGAUUUGCCAAUCCGAUGGAGACGAAUAAAUGGUUGAAAAGAUGAAGGAAA